GUGGGAGAUGGCCCUGGCAUCUCUGUCCCCUGGAACGCCUCCCUGGUCCCCCUCACUCUCCUUCAGAGGCAGCCCCACACAGUGGUUAUGAACUCAGCCUCUGAGCUGGGCUCAUCCUGGCUCUGCCACUUCCUGGCUGUGUGGCCCCAGACAAGUGGCUUCACUUCUCUGGGCCUCACUGACGCCAUCUGUUCAAUGGGGGCGAUGCCAGUGCCCAGCUCACAGCGUAGCUGCCGGCAAUCAGUCUGUAUAAUGUCAGUAUGGGCCUGGGUGUCAUGAGCACCCAGCAGGUGAGAGGGGCUGUCCUGAUCUCCUCCCCCUUACCUCACUGUCUCUUGCUUCCUCCUGCAUUCCCUGCUGUUCCUCCUGCGCCUCUUUCUCAAACCUUUCCCUUCUGUCCUUCCUUCUGCUCCUCUUACCACCUUCGCCCCUUGGGAACAAACCCUGAGGCCGCCUGUGUACCAGGCUCUGGGGACACAGAUGAGUCAGACCUGAGCCCUCCAGGAGCUCCCUGUCCUGUUCGGGGGGAGGGAGAUGCGGCAGGGCAGGCCGACUGGCAAAGCUUUUCAUAAAACGGAUGAUCUGGGAUGUCACGGAGGUAGUACGGGGCAUUGUAGACCCCAAAGGAGGCACUUACCCCAGCCUGGAAGUCUAGGAAGGCUUCCUGGGAGAGGUGAUUCCUGAAUGGAGACUCGGAGUGAGUAUAAACACUUCCUGGGAGGGUCAGGAGAGGCCUGGAUUCGCAAGCAAAAAGAACAAACCCCAGCUCAUUCAGUCGCUUUGUCGUCCAUUCACCAUACAGCUGAAUGCUCCUGCGUGCCGGGCUGGUCGGGGAGACGCGGACAGGGACCCUGGGGGCCGGCACACGCCAUCGUGGCCAUGAUCGUCUCCUCGGCCUCCACCGACCUCCAGGACUACACCUACUACUUCGUCCCGGCGCCCUGGCUCUCGGUGAAACUCUUGCGACUGUUACAGUGCUACCCACCGCCAGAGGAUGCUGCCGUGAAGGGGCGGCUGGUGGAGUGUCUGGAGACCGUGCUCAACAAGGCCCAGGAGCCCCCCAAGUCCAAGAAGGUCCAGCACUCCAACGCCAAGAAUGCCAUCCUCUUCGAGACCAUCAGCCUCAUCAUCCACUACGACAGUGAGCCCAACCUCCUGGUGCGGGCCUGUAACCAGCUGGGCCAGUUCCUGCAGCACCGGGAGACCAACCUGCGCUACCUGGCCCUGGAGAGCAUGUGCACGCUGGCCAGCUCCGAGUUCUCCCACGAGGCGGUCAAGACCCACAUCGACACUGUCAUCAACGCCCUCAAGACGGAGCGGGACGUCAGUGUACGACAGCGGGCUGCUGACCUCCUCUAUGCCAUGUGUGAUCGGAGCAACGCCAAGCAGAUCGUGUCAGAAAUGCUUCGGUACCUGGAGACGGCUGACUAUGCCAUCCGUGAAGAGAUUGUUCUGAAGGUGGCCAUCCUGGCCGAGAAGUACGCAGUAGACUAUAGCUGGUACGUGGACACCAUCCUCAACCUCAUCCGCAUUGCGGGCGACUACGUGAGCGAGGAGGUGUGGUACCGUGUGCUGCAGAUCGUCACCAACCGUGAUGACGUCCAGGGCUACGCUGCCAAGACCGUCUUUGAGGCGCUCCAGGCCCCCGCCUGCCAUGAGAACAUGGUGAAGGUCGGCGGCUACAUCCUCGGGGAGUUUGGGAAUCUGAUUGCUGGGGACCCCCGCUCCAGCCCCCCGGUGCAGUUCUCUCUGCUGCACUCCAAGUUCCACCUGUGCAGCGUGGCCACCCGGGCCCUGCUGCUGUCCACCUACAUCAAGUUCAUCAACCUCUUCCCGGAGACCAAGGCCACCAUCCAGGGCGUGCUGCGGGCCGGCUCCCAGCUGCGCAACGCUGACGUGGAGCUGCAGCAGCGCGCCGUCGAGUACCUCACGCUCAGCUCAGUGGCCAGCACGGAUGUCCUGGCCACAGUGCUGGAGGAGAUGCCGCCCUUCCCGGAGCGAGAGUCGUCCAUCCUGGCCAAGCUGAAGCGCAAGAAGGGGCCCGGGGCCGGCAGCGCCCUGGAUGAUGGCCGGAGGGACCCCAGCAGCAAUGACAUCAAUGGGGGCGUGGAGCCCACCCCUAGCACUGUGUCGACGCCCUCGCCCUCUGCCGACCUCCUGGGGCUGCGGGCAGCCCCUCCCCCAGCCGCGCCCCCAGCGACCUCGGGUGCAGGGAACCUCCUGGUGGAUGUCUUCUCCGACGGCCCGGCUGCGCAGCCCAGCCUGGGGCCCACCCCCGAGGAGGCCUUCCUCAGCCCAGGUCCUGAGGACAUCGGGCCGCCCAUCCCAGAAGCCGAUGAGCUGCUGAAUAAGUUCGUGUGCAAGAAUAAUGGGGUCCUGUUUGAGAACCAGCUGUUGCAGAUUGGAGUCAAGUCGGAGUUCCGGCAGAACUUGGGCCGCAUGUAUCUCUUCUAUGGCAACAAGACGUCCGUGCAGUUCCAGAACUUCUCACCCACUGUCGUCCACCCUGGAGACCUCCAGACUCAGCUAGCAGUGCAGACCAAGCGCGUGGCCGCACAGGUGGACGGCGGGGCGCAGGUGCAGCAGGUGCUCAACAUCGAGUGUCUGCGGGACUUCCUGACGCCCCCGCUCCUGUCCGUGCGCUUCCGGUACGGGGGCGCCCCCCAGUCCCUCACCCUGAAGCUCCCGGUGACCAUCAACAAGUUCUUCCAGCCCACGGAGAUGGCGGCCCAGGAUUUCUUCCAGCGUUGGAAGCAGCUGAGCCUCCCCCAACAGGAGGCGCAGAAAAUCUUCAAAGCCAACCACCCCAUGGAUGCAGAAGUCACUAAGGCAAAACUCCUGGGGUUUGGCUCUGCUCUCCUGGACAAUGUGGACCCCAACCCUGAGAACUUUGUGGGGGCUGGAAUCAUCCAGACUAAAGCCCUGCAGGUGGGCUGUCUGCUCCGGCUGGAGCCCAACGCCCAGGCUCAGAUGUACCGGCUGACCCUGCGCACCAGCAAGGAACCCGUCUCCCGUCACCUGUGUGAGCUGCUGGCCCAGCAGUUCUGAGCCCUGGACUCUGCCCCCCGGGGAUGUGGCCGGCGCCGGGCAGCCCCUAGGACUGAGGCAGCUUUGGUGGAUGGGGCAGCGAGGGGACCUCCACUGGUGACAGGGAAGACCCCAGGGGUGGGGGGACGCCUGGAACCUUCCUCCGGCCUUUUGUAUUUUUAUUUUUGUUCAUCUGCUGCUGUUUACAUUCUGGGGGGUAAGGGGGAGCCCCCUCCCUCCCUUUCCCCCUUAAGCACAGAGGGGAGAGGGGCCAGGGAAGUGGGCGCCUCCUCCCCUCCCACCCCACCCCACCGUAGCCCCUCCUGCCCCCUCCCCAUCCAGGGGCUGUGUAUUAUUGUGAGCGAAUAAACAGAGAGACGCUAA